GUGACCCUAAAACGAGUGGGUGUAUAAAAAUUAUGGGCGUGGUUGGGGCCAGCCACUCCUCUCUUUUUGCAGCAAAAGAGGGUUGCUUUGUGUCACAAGGCCAUGUCUACAGAGCGAGCUUUAGAGGAUUCAUCUUUGCUAGAACUAUCAGUAAAGAGUACAGAGCAGAAAUCAUAUGGCACUCUAGUGGAGACCCGCUUAAAUAGCUCCCAAAAAGGCAGUGUAACAGACCAGGAUCAACUGGUACAAGCCGAGGAGCACGACUAUGCUGUUGUCGAGUUUCCUACUGAUAUGAACGAUUUCACUGGAAAGCAACUUGAAAGGUGCCAGAGAUUAGUACUCAGACCGUAUAACACUUUCCUCUGUGUGAUUGGAUGGCGAAGAGUAUUAGCAUACGAAGGUGUUUGGUAUAUCAUAUUUUCAUUCUGGCCCCUCAUCGUGUUACUAUUGCUCGUGACAUCUUGCACAGUGCAAAUAUUGCUUUGCUAUACAAGAGAUUCAAUUCCAUUGAUACAAGAUGAUGACAUGUACAUUAAGUGUUCAGACCACAUUGCUUCUUCAUUCAUUAUGCUGGAUAUUCUACUAGUCAUGACUUAUCUCUAUGGACUUUUUAUAUUUUGCUUCAGGCAACACAAAGACCUAUCAGGCUUGACAGAAAAGGUUUUCUGCACAAUUGAGGAGAAAAAGUCAAAAGACCAUAUAACACUUUCCUAUUCACUGUUUACCAAUCAAGAGGUCAGACUCAGAAUAUUGGGAUUUAUUCUGAACUGUUGCAGAAUCAAUUUGAGCCAUUUUCCAAUGGGAAGGACCCUACAAUUCCUGCUGCUAAUGAUUAUGAGAGUCCUGUUGAUGUGAAUAUAAUGACUGUUAAUGAUGAUCCAGUUUAUUCACUGGCUGAAACUGAGGAAGAAACUGGUAACUAUGACAAGUUACAAAGGAAUUAACUUCAUCAUGAAAAUAUAAUCAUUUUAUACUCCAUUAACUAUUUAAUAAUUUUGUUACCAUUAUAAUGCAUAGUUAA